AUGGACAAGCGUCACCCCAGCUCCUUCCAGCAGCUCGAGAAGCUCGGUGAGGGUACUUAUGCAACCGUCUUCAAAGGCCGCAAUAGGCAGACUGGCGAAUUCGUUGCCCUCAAGGAGAUCCACCUCGACUCGGAAGAAGGCACACCAAGCACCGCUAUUCGUGAGAUCUCGCUUAUGAAAGAGCUCAAGCACGAAAACAUUGUCCGCCUACACGAUGUCAUCCACACUGAGAACAAGCUCAUGCUGGUCUUCGAAUUCAUGGACAAGGACCUGAAGAAAUACAUGGACUCCAGGGGUGAGCGCGGCAUGCUUGAUCCUGUCACCAUCAAGUCGUUCAUGUACCAGCUGCUUCGCGGCAUUGCCUUCUGCCACGACAACCGCGUCCUCCACCGCGAUCUCAAGCCCCAGAAUCUGUUGAUCAACAAUAAGGGUCAGCUGAAGCUUGCUGACUUCGGUCUCGCUCGCGCUUUUGGCAUUCCCGUAAACACGUUCAGUAAUGAGGUCGUCACACUUUGGUACCGCGCCCCUGACGUCUUGCUGGGCUCGCGCACUUACAACACAUCCAUCGACAUCUGGUCCGCUGGUUGCAUCAUGGCCGAGAUGUACACCGGUCGCCCCUUGUUCCCCGGAACCACAAACGAGGAUCAGUUGCAGAAGAUUUUCCGUCUUAUGGGCACCCCUUCUGAGCGUUCAUGGCCUGGCAUUUCUCAGUUCCCCGAGUAUAAGCCCAACUUCCCAGUUUACGCGACCCAGGAUUUGCGCAACAUCCUCCCCCAGGUCGACCCUGUCGGCCUCCAGUUGCUGAGUGCAAUGCUACAGCUCCGUCCAGAGCUCCGCAUCUCUGCUCAACAAGCUCUCCAACAUCCCUGGUUCGCUGAUCUGCAACAGCAAAGGCAGCAACAAGCACAUAUGCAUAAUCCACACAUGCCCGGCGUGCCUAACCCUCAACGCACUUACUGA